UCGGCGUUAGCCCGGGGUCCAAGCGGCCUCCUCCCCGCGCGCAGAUGGCGCACUCGACGGCCGCCGUGCCGGUGGGCGCGCUGGAGCAGGGCUGCCCUAUCCGCGUGGAGCACGACCGUCGGCGCCGCCAGUUCACUGUCCGGCUCAAUGGAUGUCAUGACCGGGCCGUCCUGCUCUACGAGUAUGUGGGCAAACGGAUCGUGGACCUGCAGCACACAGAGGUUCCUGAUGCCUACCGUGGGCGUGGCAUUGCCAAGCACCUCGCCAAGGCUGCUCUGGACUUCGUGGUGGAGGAGGAUCUGAAGGCCCAUCUCACAUGCUGGUACAUCCAGAAGUAUAUUAAGGAGAACCCACUGCCGCAAUACCUGGAGCGCCUACAGCCGUGACCCCGGCUCGAGG